ACAGUAACUUGUUGUUUUGAGCGGGAAAACACGUUGGCGGGGUUUGUAUAAAUCGCAGGUCUCGUCCGUUGUCUGUUCAGUUCACUGCCAGCAUUUGUAAAAGAACAACCUCGAAAUCAAAGUUGUCGGAAUUAAUUCAAUUCUUUGUUGCAUUCCUGGUGAUUAAGGAGCAUCCUGCCUUCUCUGAUCGACUUAUAUCUGCAGAGGAGAAAGAAAUUUAUUAAUUUGUUUAUCUGCUCCUGUAAUACUGAUAGACAUGGACCUGACAACGACUGAAACCUUUACAACAGACAUGAUGGAAGAUAUCCUGACAACUUCACCAACUCUCUCUAUGAACGUCAGCGAUGUUCCCGACAUAUCGCCAACGCCUACUCCCGACGUGAUGUGCUCCAAGGUCGUCACCAUGACAACCAUACCAAUGCUUGGCUUGGCCAUCGUCAUCAACUGCAUCACCCUGGCUAUGGUGUCAUGUGACCCAAAGAAACGCAACACAAGGUCCAACAUCUACGCUGCUUCGUUCUUCAUCGCCGAGAUCUUCUACGCCCUCAACACGCUAGUCGCUCACUACCAUCGCUAUUUCUUCAGUACGCCGGAGCAGUAUGAAAACGUGAUCGCGCACGGGUAUCUCUUCAUGGAGUUCGCUUCUCGAGGUGCGAUGGCGAUCUCGCUCGGUGGCGUGCUGAUCGAUCGCUACAGGGCCAUCUUUAAUGUGACGUCAUACUGCCCGAGACAGAGCCUCUGUGUCAGCUGCUGCUACGCCCUGGCUGGCUGGCUCCUCGCUCUCUUACUCGCCGUCCCUUUCCUAGCCGGGUUGACCGACUACUGGUACUCCACCUACCAUUCCCUGCGACCAUUCGACGUGUACACCGGCGUCCACACCGCAAUCGUCUACUUCUUGCCUCUCCUUGUCUUCUCUCUUGCCUACAACAUCCUCAUGUGUCGUCUGAUCUCAUGCUCGAGCAGGCAAUCGCUGGACAGUUUCGCUGCAAAGGGUAAUCAUCGACAACGGGCCACACGUCGAAAUCUGGCCACCGUCAUGAUCGUCACCGUCAUCGCCUUCGUCUUCACUUGGCUUCUCUAUCUCAGCGUUCGCGUGAUCGAGGGGUACUUCAAACCCGAAGACUUCCAACCAAUCAACAUCGCCGCUCUCCGGUUGGCGGGAAAUUAUGUAGCCUACCUAGGACUGUCCGUCUGCUCCGUUCUCGUAUGCGUUCUGUGUGGGGACUAUAAGUCGCUUGACUCGCAUAGGGGAUGCUCAUGUUGUUCGGACAAUCAGAACUUUGUGACAAAGAUUGAGCAGGCUUGGCCUUCAUCUAAGCCUAAUCCAUACUAUGUGUAAAGACUCAAACAUGACGGCAAGUCAAAUUGCUCAUCAUGAAAUGUAAAUAUCUAUAGACUGUAUAUUGUAAGUUAUAAAUGCCAAUACCUGCCUUUUGUGUAAUAUGCAAAUCAUAUGCUAUCAUAAUAUUUUCAUCGAAGAGAAAGAGAGUCUGAGAGUACGAGGCAUACAGACAUUGUGACAAAGACAAAUAUUACUAUGUAACAGAUUUUAUUGAUGGAGCUGGAGUUGGAGUAUUAUCCUUGUACAUUUUGCGUUAUAGCGACAGUCGCCCUAUAUUAACAACAUUAACAUAUAUUUUGUAGACAAUGUGUAACAUAAGUAGUUCUUGUUGUAGUAACUCUUAUCUGAUUGUUUCACUGGUUUUGUUGGGGAAAAUUCCGUUAAUAACGUUAUAUUAUACGCAAGAAUAACAUUAAAGACAGUCAAGCAUAAACUGCUAAGUUUGGACAAGAAAUCUAAGCUGUUAUUGUCCUUGAUCUCCCAAUAUGCAAACAGAAAAGAAAUUGCCUUCGUUAUAAUAGAGUCAGUAGAACACUUGCAAUUUUAUCAAGCACUGCAUUCAUACUUUUGUAGGAUAUAUGUACUUUUAUGUAUAUUUGAAAUAUCCAGUACAAGUAUAUACAUAUUACAAUUCAUAAUUAAUAAAGAAUUAUAAGGAGGGACCUCCUAUAUAUAAUUUUUAAUGAUAUAUUGCAAAAAUUCUCCAUCUAAAGCAUAGAUGAUUAUGUCGCUAAAGGUGCUAUAUUCAAGUAUGAAAAUGUUAUAUAUCACAUCAUGUCAGAAUGAUUGUAUUUGCAUAUAAUAUGAACUAGUUGCUUCUCCUGUGUACACCAAAAUAUAAUGUUGGUAUAUAUUAUCGUUGUGCUCUUGAAACCUUAUUAUAAUGUAUAGAAGAAGACAACAACAAAAAAGACGCAAAGAGAGGAACAUUAUGAGAUCAUCGACAGUCGUGCUCCCAUAUUAUAAUUGUUUGUUAAGUGAUUUUAAUGUCAUUUUACUCCUUAAACAAGAUUAGUUUAUCUAUACUUGUCUGCUAGAAAUGUAAAUAUUCCAACUUGUGAUAAAGAUUUUCUUUGCUCUCAAAAUGAAUGUUGCCGGUCAACAAUGUGUAAUAAUGAUAGUUCUAAUUUAAUACAUGUAAAUAGUUGUAAAUAAAUAUCGAGUAUUGUAAAAAUACGGUUACAUAAUCUUAUAAAGAUUAAACAAUCAAAGACGGAAAAUUA